AUGCGCGAGGGUGGCUCAGCUGCAAGAUGUGGGAAGGGCGACGGCCGUGGUGCUGGACGGCGGCCGGCGCCGGUGCAGUGGAACCAGAUCGAGUUGGGACCAGGUACUUCUACAAUAAGCAAUUUGGAAGCACGGAAAGGAGUCCGCCCCUUCCUCCGCCUGACGGCCUCCCCGCUGCCGCCGGCGGCGCCUGCCGCCUCCCUGGCGCCGGUGCCCACCCCCAGCCCUCCCUCCCCCUCCCCCUCCUCCCCUACCCUCGCAGCCCCCAAGGUCCCAGCCAUCGCAGCCCCUGAGAUCCCAGCCGGAUCUGGUGCGGGUCCUACGCCGCCGCCUUCGUCGUGCUCCGUCACCUCGGCCCCCGCCACCAACCCCACCGGAUCCGGCGUGGUGGCUCCUCCACGUCCAUCCCCGCCUACUCUGUCGCCGACAGGACAAGCCACGCAGCUGCCCCCGGAUCCCGCCACUUCGCACUCCGUCGCUGCCGGAUCCGGUGCGACGCGGCCCUCCACGCCCGCACCGACGUCGCCGGCGACGACGGGCCCCGCCUUCGCUCCCGACGCCGGUCCCCCGCCGCCGCCACCAGAGGUGAAGAUGGCCACCUCAGGAACCGGCGCGGGAUCUCUGUGGGCCCUACUGCUGCCGACGACGUCGAGCCCCAACACCGUGGACUACUCGCUGGUGAUCGUCGAGGACGUCUCGGAUGGCGAGGACGAGGCUACUCCGCCGGCCGGUGCGGUGGGAGCUGCCACCCAGCCGGCGGGCCCUGACCCCCUCGACCUCCUCACUGUCAAUGCCGGCCGCCCAGAUCUGGCUGCGGUGGGGGUUGGGCCGCAAGCAGCCAUGGGAGCCACCACGCCUGACAGCUGCUCGUCGCCCCCGUCCGGGUCUGGGGGAGCGAGCCCUUCCUCUCUCUCUCACCGGACGCAGCCCCGUUCCACCCAUGUCGUUCUGGUGGACGCACGAAGAGCCGUUGAUGGGCGGAUGAAGACGGCGAGGGGUCCGACGACGACCGCCCCACAUCCUACCUCGAUGCCGUGCGUGAACCAGCAUUGCCAGUGGCUGCGUCCCCAUCGCGCACCCAGACUCGUCCAGUCAUGGCGCAAGGUCGAGGUGGAAUGGGCGCUAGACGACAAGAACCAGGGCGAAGACGGAGGAGACGCAGCCGGCUUGCCUGCCCGGCCGGUGGAGGGUCGUAUCCCUGCCCGUCAACGCCUUGGCCGCCAUGGGCAGAUCUCCGCCCCCAACGCGGAUGGGUGGCGGGAAAUUCUCCCACGGCUGGAGGCGCAACAUGCGGUCAUCAAGGUUCAUCAUCGCCAAGAAUAG